AUGGACGCCACUACUGUUUGCCCCAUCCCCGCUAUUGACUGGCGCGCUGUUCCUCAAGAUGAAAUCACCCACUUGGCGCACCAGGGCAUGGUCGCGCCUGAUGUUUCCGCCGACCACCACAUCCGCAACGAGAACGAGAUGCGCCGCCGCCGCCGCCGCCACCUCCGCCGCAUGGCGCGGGAGGCCAACGCGGAGCUUGCGCGCUCCGUGGCGGAGUGGCGCAGGCAGAGCUUCCGCCACCCGGACUCGCAAGCCGUUGUGGUCCUGGCGGCGGAGAGUGCGCGCAGCCGCGACUGGUCCGCGGAAGAUCAUAGGCGCAGCUUCAGCUGCGGGGAUCUGGGUGAGUAUGGGCCGCCAGAUGCCAGCCAUGGCGGCUGCAGCGGCCGUAUUGUCCCAAACGGCCGCGAAAAUAGCGCAGGCGAGACAGGAGUAAAGAGAGAGGGCGCUCCGCCGCGGAGGAGUGAACGGCCGUCAUGUUCCCCUUCAGAUGCCUCAGGUGUCCCACCAGGUGCCUCUGCAGGGGCCUCAGCAGGUGCACCAUCAGCCGCCCCAUCACGUUCCUCCUCGUCUGCUGCCUCGUGCAAGCCUGGGCAUCGGCGUGGGGUGAGCGUGAAUGCGCUUCCCGAGCUAUGCCCCUACCCCCCUGUGGACUGGCGCUGGGUGCCGUCUCCUGAACCUGCUGGCGCUUCACACUGCGCUACUGCUGCCGCUUCAUGCAACCCUGAUGGUGCAUUGUGCAAGCCUGGGCAUUGGCGCGGAGUGAGCGUGAAUGCGCUUCCCGAGCUCUGUCCCUACCCCCCUGUGGACUGGCGCUGGGUACCGUCUCCUGACCCUGCUGCCGCCUCACACUGCGCUGCUGCUGCCGCCUCACGCUGCCCUGAUCCUGCUUCACGCUGCCCUGCUGCCCCUGACAGCAACCACGCACACCGGGUGCAGAAACCUAGCCAGGGUGCUCUUGGAAAUUACAGCGACACAUCAGCAGCAGCAGCCUGCCGCUCUCUUACAGCUGGCAGUGAGGCCAGCUGUGUGCUCAAGCACAGUGGAUACGGCACCAGCAAUGCUGAUCAGGCCGUCAAAACUAGCACUGGCAUUAACCAGAGCACUAGCUCUGUUGCCACAGCUGCUGCAGCAGUGGCGGCAGCAGGGGGGGAAGGAUUCGUGCAGCCUUUGACCAGUGGCAACUGCAAGACCGGUGAAGCUGGGAGGGGAGCUGGAGGGCAGGAGGCAGGUGCUAGAGGUGCAGGUGCCGUGGGGAAGAAGCAAAGGAGUGGGGCGUUGCAUGGCGCAAAGGCUCGGUGGUUGCCGCCUGUCUCCGCUGCACUUCACAGAUGCUUUUCCUAA